UGUGAGGUGUAGUGACCCUUAACAACCAUAACAACAACGAUGUGACUCCUGCUGCUGCAUGAUACUCUACCUAUUCUGAACACUUCUUAGUAAACUACCUAUCCUGAACACUUCUUAAUAAAUUCACGAAGAAAGCCACUAUCAUGCCGGGGCAUUUCGGGCAAAUGCAAAAAUGACUGGCUCAAAUGGAGAGGAUAGUGAAACCCAGAUUGUUGUUCUUCAUCGACACCCAGAGUAUAUGGAUGACUGUAUGAACAUACUGAAUGAACAAUGGCCCCGCAGUAAAACUCUCAGGUUGAGAUCUCUACACUCAUCAUGUGAUCAGUUACCCACUUCCCUUGCACUUCUACGAAAUGUUUCAAAAGGAAAAAUGGAAGUAAUAGGACAUGCAAGAAUAAAUAUGCUGCCCCAAGAACAAGCUGCAGCCUGGAUUGAGUCUGUGGUCAUUCGUCAAGAUCUACGAGGAAAGGGUUAUGGGCGGUUGUUGAUGACAAAGACUGAAGAAUAUGUUCGUGCUUGUGGUUUUAACACAAUUUUUUUAUCAACGCAUGAUCAACAGGUCUUUUAUGGAAAACUUGGGUAUGAAUUUUGUGGUCCUGUGUGUAUUUAUGGUGGAACUGUUAAUAGACACCUUCUCCCUAAACAGUUCUUAACACCACAAGUACCUUUACCAAACAAUAACACAAAAAUAUCAAAAAGCAGCAUUGAAAUGGUAUCCGAUCUCUCUGAGCAACUGUCAGUGCAGGCCAAAUCUACAGAGAGUAAUAUUCUUUCGUAUAAUUCAGAUAAAUCUAAUGAUAUUGUGACUUCGUAUCCAAACCAAACUCCACCUUCACCACCACCCCCACCACCACCACCACCACCACCACCUCCACUUUGUUCAAAAGUGAAAGACAGUAUUAAAAAACUAGAUAUAACAACUCUUUCAAAAAUGUAUAUGAAAAAGGAUUUGAUGUAACUAAUUAAUAAUUUCAUACGAUUCAAAUGUGGAGCACUAGGGAGGCAUCUUUAUUUCUGAUGUUUAGCUCCCAUGGAGACCCCUUUCUUAAAAGGGAAGCCUUCUAGGUAGUCUCUCCAAACAUUUGAGAUGUCUUUAAGUGUUGAAAAGUUUAAGAAUGAUAUACUAUUUUCCAAAAAAAAUUAAAUGAUCAUAUUUAAAAUGAUAAUGAUAUACAUAACUGACAGAAGUUAGUGAAGGAGUGUGAGAUGGUAUUUAAAAGAAGAAAGUUAUUAGUGAACACAGAAAAAAGUAAGGUGAUACAAGUAAAAGUAAUCAAGGCAAUGAAGGGUUUGACAUCAGAAUGGAGGAAGGGAAUAUUGAGGAAAUUAAUUUAUUUAGGCAUAUGGAAGACCCUUGUGGGUUUAGUGCUUAGUUUUCAUUGUAAUAAUAAUAAUUAGGCAUUUGGGAGUACUGGUAGGUAUGUCAGCAUUAUAUAUACUUAAUUUGAUGACUUUUCAUAGGUUCCCAAAGUGAGCUAACAGUCUUAAACUGCCCUAGGAUGCUACUUCAAGCCCUGGUGGAAGCAGCCCAGUGGCUUGCUCCCUGUGUGUUGCAGUUGGUGAGAAAUGUUGUCUCUGGUAGAGCUCUGGGUGCCAGUCUUGGCAUUGGUAACCCUGGGGAGGGGGGCCUGGCAGUCCAAAUUUGUACUGUGGUGCUGUCUUGUCCUUAACACAUGAGUUAUAUAUACAGUUCUGUAUUGUACUGCAAAACAGGAUAAGGAUACUAGGCAUUACCAUUUUUACUUAAACUUGUAGUGUUUUGCCUUGACGUUUUCCCAUAAUUUUGUAUUCAGACUUCCUUCCACCUUAAUCAAAUAUAUGUUUGUUAGUGUUUUUUUUUAUUAUGUGUUUUUAGUGUUUAUUAUGUGGUAUGUGUAUGUGCCAUUGUGUGUUUGAAAUAGCUCUGAACAAUCAUUUGGUCCUAACGCUCAUAAACGUUUUAACGUUUUCUUCUUUCCCGGGGAAUCUGAUUCACGGUGCGGGAGAGAAGAGAUUCUGUGGAUUGAACUUGGACGACUGUCAUUUUUGAAGCAUAGUCUUUGGUUUAAAUGGCAAAAAAAAAAAUUUCCACAUUCAUCAUUUGGAUUGAACACUUGUUUUUUUGAAUAAAAUGCAAAAUUACAAAAACAGCUGCAACCUUUUAAGGAAAAAUCAUGAGAUUUUGAUUUAAUCCUCUGCUGGGAUAAUUGGAACAUUUCGUCUCUUUAAGGGUAAAGGGUGUCAUCUGAAGCAUUUGAACAUGUAUACCAUUAUAGGUAACUUUGAGGCUUCACUUGAGAUACACAGUACUGUAUAUGUGUACAACAAAAUUUUGGCAUGAAUACUACACAAAAUUAUAGCACCAUGUUUUUAUUGGAAGUUUACUAUAUUAAUUCUAUGCAGUGCAGGUAAUUUGUUUCUUAAUCUAUAAAUUUGCAACCAAUUGCUUAUACAGUACAGGAGGGCCCCACUUAUACAGCAGGUUAGGUUCCAGGCUACUGCUGUAAAGUGAAAAUCAAUGGAAAAUACAGCCUCACCUCACCUAGCGAUGUACUCGUUUACCAACGACUUUGACUUAAGACAGGCUCUCUGACCAGCAUACAUACCUAAAUAAUG